GGCGUGCCGACGUAACCUAGACGUCGCUACGCGCCGAAAAUAGCGACUGCGUCAGCCUGAGCUUCAUAUUCAAAUCCCUGACGUUGCCGCGAGGUCUAAGGUCGUGCAAGAUUUGUUUAGUGGCGGUUGUACCGACGGCAGCCGCGCGCGCGCGUGCUCCCGGUGAGCCCCGGACAGAGCGGCGGUACCGAGGCCCGGCAAAGCCAACCAGCGUUAUUUUGGCCUCUUCGCUUCUGUGAACCCAGCUCCUGGGUUAGGUGGGAAACAUGAGCGCCAACAACUUGGAUAAAAACGAUGAGUUUGAUGAGCAGUUACGAAUGCAAGAAUUGUACGGAGACACCAAGGACGACACCCAGAAUGAUCCCAAUGGGGAAACGGAUCCUUUGGGGCAGCAGCCAACUGAUACCCCAUAUGAGUGGGACCUGGACAAGAAAGCUUGGUUCCCCAAGAUCACUGAAGAUUUCAUUGCUACAUAUCAGGCUAAUUAUGGCUUCUCUAAUGAUGGUGCAUCUAGUUCUGCAAAUGUCCAGGACUCGAAUACUAAGCCUGUAGAAGAAUCUCCACAAACAAAAACCCCUGAGCCCACUGAUCCCAAAAAGAAGGGAGAAAAAAGAAAGGCUGACUCAGGAUGGUUUCACGUUGAAGAAGACAGAAAUACAAAUGUGUAUGUGUCUGGUUUGCCUCCAGACAUUACAGUGGAUGAAUUUAUACAGCUUAUGUCCAAGUUUGGCAUCAUUAUGAGAGAUCCUCAGACAGAAGAAUUUAAGGUUAAACUUUACAAAGAUAAUCAAGGAAAUCUUAAAGGAGAUGGGCUUUGCUGUUAUUUGAAGAGAGAAUCUGUGGAACUUGCAUUGAAGCUUUUGGAUGAAGAUGAAAUUAGAGGCUACAAGUUGCAUGUUGAGGUGGCAAAGUUUCAGUUGAAAGGGGAAUAUGAUGCUUCCAAGAAGAAGAAGAAGUGCAGAGAUUAUAAGAAGAAGCUGUCUCUGCAGCAAAAGCAGUUGGAUUGGAGACCUGAGAGGAGAGCUGGACCCUCCCGGAUGCGCCAUGAACGAGUUGUCAUCAUCAAAAAUAUGUUCCACCCUACAGAUUUUGAGGAUGAUCCACUGGUGUUAAAUGAGAUCAGAGAAGAUCUGCGAGUUGAAUGUUCAAAGUUUGGGCAAAUUAGGAAGCUCCUUCUCUUUGAUAGGCACCCAGAUGGCGUAGCCUCUGUGUCCUUUAGGGAACCUGAGGAAGCUGAUUAUUGUAUUCAAACCCUUGAUGGAAGGUGGUUUGGUGGCCGUCAAAUCACUGCCCAAGCAUGGGAUGGGACUACUGAUUAUCAGGUAGAAGAGACCUCAAGAGAAAGAGAGGAGAGGCUGAAAGGAUGGGAAGAAUUCCUCAAUACACCAGAUACAAACAGAGGCCUUCAGCGUUCAAAUUCUAUCUGUGUUCCAGAACAGGCAGGGCCUUCUAGAGUAAGGCAUUUUUCAGAGCACCCAGGCGCAUCUGAUGUGAAUGUUCAAGAGGCUCCAACUGGAAUGACAUUUGAAGAACCUAUUGAUGAGAAGAAGUUUGAGAAGAUAGAAGAUGUAGAAGAAUUUGAAGAAGCUGCUUCAGGGAAGAAUGUUAACGAAGAAGAGCCUGAGAAAGAGGUGCAAGAAGGUUGCCCUACCAAAGAGUCUGAAGGAAGCUGCCCCACGACAGAAUGUGAAACAGGUUGUCCUGAAAAAGGGCUUGAAGAGGGUAGUUCUAAAAAGGAGGUGAAAGAGAAUGGCUCAGAAAAAGAGUCUAAGAAGAUAGUAAAAAGCGAUUGUGAAGAGAAUGGCCUUCCACAAGCUUGUGAAGACAAUGACCCUGACAAGGAAUCUGAAGAACAGGACAGCCCCAGCAAAGAAUCAGAAGAGGAAGACUCAGAGAGAGAAUCCGAAGAAGAUUGCUCUGAAAAGCAGUCUGAAGAAUGCUCAGAAAAAGAAAUAGAAGAAAAUGGGCUAGAUAAAGAUUCUGAUGUGGAUGGCUCUGACAGAGAGUUUGCUGAGAACCUCGACAAAGAGUUAGAAGAAAAUGACACUGACAAGUCUGAAUUUGAUGAAGGUUCUGAGAGGGUGUUAGAUGAGGAAGGCUCUGAGAGAGAACUGGAUGAAGACUCAGAAGAAAAGGAGGAAGAAGAAGGUAUGUAUGAGAAGGUUUUUGAUGAUGAGUCCGACGAGAAAGAAGAGGAAGAAGAUGCAGAGGAAAAAGAGGGUGAAGACUCUGAUGAGAAAGAGGAGGAAGAUAAUGCAGAUGAAAAGUUGUUUGAAGACUCAGAUGAAAAGGAAGAAGAUGCAGAUCUAAAGGAAGAUGAAGACGAUGAUGAGAAGUUGUUUGAGGACAACAAUUCCAACGAGAAGUCAUUUGAUGAGGAGGGUUACAAUGAAAAGCUGUUCGAGGAUUCUGAUGAAAGAGGGACUGUAGCGAAUGUGAAGGAAGAUGGGCCUCUCUCCACAGGCAGCAGCUUCGUUCUCAGUAGUGAUGAUGAGGACGAAGAUGAGGAGGAGGAUGACGAUGACGAUGUUUAAUCCUUUACACUUGCUUUUAGGGAGAACCCUCCAUCUCCAUUUGCCUGUGCUUCAGGGUCAUAGUAGUACUAAAUGAACAUGUGCAUAGUGGUAGGGUGCAGAAUGCAUUAUUGCGUUGAACAUUUUUUUCAUUGUUACCUAUAUGUGUUCCUAUAGAUUUUAAAUAUAUCUUAACCAGCUCUUCAUUUAAAUCUUCAUAGGUAAAAUGCAAGUAAACUGGAUACUUGCCCUUUUGUCAGAUUUGUUAAAUGCAUGCAAAAGAAUAUUUUUAAAAGUAUUCUGAUUGAAGUUUGUGAUAUUCAAAAAUAAAAAAAGUUGAUAAUCUGCAGAACCUG